AAUAACAACACAUCGGCGGGAAAAUCAACGAUGGCAGCGACUGCUACGUCGAAUGCAAUUACUCUUAGAGGCUCCACUGAUAUUGUUGCUGAAUUCUUUUCCUAUGGAAUUAACAGUAUAUUAUACCAGAGAGGGAUUUAUCCACCUGAGAGUUUUACAAGAGUACAGAAAUAUGGUCUUACCUUACUGGUCACAUCUGAUGACAUGUUAAAAAAGUAUCUAAAUACAGUCAUUUCACAAGUUAAAGAUUGGCUGUAUAAUAUGACAGUUAAGAAAUUGGUAGUCGUCAUUAAAGAUGUGGAUACAAAUGAAGUCCUAGAGAGGUGGCAGUUUGAUGUAGAGGGGGACAAAUCAGCAUUAAAAGAAAGUAAACCUCGUGAGAAGUCGGAGAAGGAAAUCAAUAGUGAGAUCAGUGCUGUUAUACGUCAGAUCACAGCCUCCGUCACAUUCCUACCUCUCCUAGAGGGAGCAUGUGCCUUUGAUUUGCUGGUGUAUACAGAUAAAGACAUUGAUGUUCCCGAGUCCUGGGGUGAAGAAGGGCCUCAGUUUAUAGCUAACUCUGAGGAAGUGAGACUGAGGUCCUUCACAACCAGUAUACACAAAGUAGAUGCCAUGGUAGCUUUUAAAAAGUAACAAAGAAAUUCUUAAUCAUACAACAGGUAAUUCUUGAGUAGUCUGAAAGUGCCAUUUUCAGAGGAAGUGCAAACUUAGUGAUGUGAUAUUUCACAGGACUAAAAAAUGGAAAGUGAAAGUGUCCAUCAUUUUUGUCAUACAGUGUGACUAAAAGAUGCUGAUCAGUUGCAUUAUGAACCUAAAGUGGCUUUAGGGUAUAACAAUGCAGAUAGAUUUAAGAGAAAGAAAGAAAAGAAAGAAAACUAUGCAAGAGAUUACAAUAUUUUAAAAACUGAAGGCUUAUCAAAUACAUUGCAUAAUUUUUAUUAUUUCAUAUGUAUACACUAGCUGGAAUGGUACCCUCUCUAUAUUUCUCUCCAUGGCUUCAUACGUUGUAAUGGGAUCAAAUUAACAUUGUUUAUUGUGGCAGCAAGACUGAAAGGUGAAUUUUAGUAGUGCAUUGAGCAGUGUACACUUGUGAAUCUCUAGAAAAAAAAUAGGAAUGUUAAGUUUAUGAAUAGGAAAAAUUGUAUGCCCUAUUUUGAAUAUUAUGGCCAGGGCAUAUAUUGUUUGCCAUGUCUAUCUUCUGCUCUUCUAUUGCACUUUGCAUUAAGCUCAAUUUCAAAGAAAGUAUUCAAGAUAUAGUUUUACUUUUAUCAAACAAAACGGUCAAAUUUUACAUUCUAAUACAUGUGUACAAUGUGACAUGUAAGGUUUUUUUUAAAAAAAAAAAACUUAGUAUGAAACUUAU